GGUCCAGGCCACAGCAUCAGAACUCGAACCCAGGACAUCGCAGCUUCGGCGAUACGUGUGAAAACUUUUUUGCGAGUAAUAUUGCACAUUCGGUACAUCGCGAAUUUGCAACGCACUUUAAUCCGUCGUCUGUAUCCUUGGAUCAACCCGUCGAUACCAUUGUUCACGGCAAUGUUCUAUUUGUAUUUACCGGCUCUCUUGAGCCUCGCGGCUGCUCUGAAUCCCACGUCUCAAGCUACGCAGACUUAUCUCCAGCAGACGCAGCAGCAGCAGCAGCAGCAACAGCAAGUGUCACCGAACGUAUGGGACCGUAUCGACUACAAUAAGCUGGAUAAGGAACUUACAAGUUGGCACAAGGAGCCUGAAAUCCCGAGUACGAACCCCUCUGCAAACCAGGGCGAGGUAAAGCAGAGCUACGGCGACAUUCCUCGUCCAAUUCAACCGUUUUGGCCACCUCCAACGACUAAACCAAUUCCACCGACAGCGAAACCAGAGCCACCGGUUCUACCGGAAGGUUGUCUGGCUCUCAGAGGUCAAUUCGCUAGUUGGAAAAGCUGCUCAAGUUAUCUUAAUUGCUGGGACGGUAUCGUAAUCGAGCAGGAAUGCCCUGGCGGAUUGCUGUUCAAUGAAUACAAAAACUACUGCGACUUUUCCUACAACGUCUACUGCGGUAGCCGGCCGGCACCCACGCCUCAACCGGAGCUACAACCAGGUUCGAACACUUGCCCAACCCCGAAUGGCCAAUACAGAAGUUCAACCAACUGUUCCGAAUUCUACGUCUGUGUUUACGGAAAACCCACGAUACGUCAUUGCCCGCGAGGUCUUGUCUACAACGAUGAAUUCGGCAUUUGCGACUACCUCUACAGGGUGGAUUGCCGAGGUGCUGCAGAGCCCGCUCCAUGGACACCCCCGAUAAUUCCUCAUCCUCCGCACCACCCACACCCUCCGCACCACUCACAUCCGCCUACACCACCCCCUUCGUACUACCCACCCCAACAAGUUCCGCAGCCUCAGUAUCCUGCAAACCCUUGGCUGACGAAAGGAUCUGACGUUGAGUCUGACCCCUGGCAUCAAGGCACGGUAGGUUCGUCGUGGGAGAAACAGCAAGGAAAAGAAAAAGACAUCAAGCAACAACAGCAGCAGCAUGUCCAACAAGGCGCAGGCAUUGAUCUUAGCGUGCAACAGGAAGAAGCCAAAAAACUGUUGCCGGAAAAUCCAUGGGGGCAGACGCAGGUGAUACCUGAGCAACUCGAUGGGAAAAGAUGCACGGACGGAGACGUUCGAAGGUUGACCAAUUCCUGCAGUAGUGUGGUAGUUUGCAGGAAUGGGGUUCCUGAACUCGUCGAGUGCCUAAACGGACAGGCAUACGACAAGUCGUCGGACUUGUGCAAGCCUUUCGCGAUCGCUAAGUGUUAAUCAAGAAACAGUAUAGAUUAUCCGCUUUCUAACCAACAUCGCUUCAAUAAAUCAAUUUUAUAUAUCGAAAA